AUGGCCGAGUUAACCUUCCUCAAUGAAGCCUCAGUUGUGCACAACUUGGCAACAAGAUACUCCAUUGACAAUAUCUACACCUACUCUGGAUUAUUUUUGGUAGCGGUAAAUCCGUAUAAGAACCUGCCAAUUUAUGGUCUUGAUACUAUUAACGCUUACAAGAACAAGCAUAGAGACGAAGUUGCCCCACACAUUUACUCUAUAACUGACCAAGCAUUCCGAAAUAUGCUCGAGACUUAUGAGAGUCAGUCUAUCCUUGUCACAGGUGAAUCUGGUGCCGGUAAAACUGAAAACACUAAAAAGGUCAUCCAAUAUUUGGCUGCUAUUGCUAGCGAGUCAAACAAGACCUCGCAAAGAAACAGACCCAAUGGCAAAGGUGCUACUUUUGAACAACAGAUUCUUCAGGCAAAUCCGAUUUUGGAAGCUUUUGGUAACGCACAGACAGUACGAAAUAAUAAUUCCUCAAGAUUUGGUAAAUUCAUAAGAAUAGAAUUUAACAAAUCCGGACAAAUUGCUGGUGCUUCUAUUUACUGGUACUUAUUGGAAAAAUCCAGAGUAAUUUAUCAGAAUUCUAAAGAGCGAAACUAUCAUAUUUUCUAUCAACUUGUUCGAGGUGCCUCUAAAGAUCUUCGUGAAGCCCUCAUUUUAGAGCCUGAUGUAAUGUCAUACUCUUAUUUGAAGAACGCCAAUAAGAGCAUUGAAGGUGUUGACGACAAAGAAGAGUUCAAGAAUCUUCUUGCUUCAUUCAAGAUCAUGGGUUUAUCAUCCCAAGAAGUAAAUGAUAUUCUAAGGAUUAUAUCAGCCAUACUUCACAUUGGUAAUAUUCAGCUUGGUUCAGAAAGCACUGAUCAAGGUCGAGUUCUUAAUAUUCCGCAAUUAGAGAGGGUGGCACAUUUACUGGGUAUUCACAGCGACCAGUUUAUGAAGAGCUUGUUAAAGCCCCGUGUAAAGGCUGGCCGUGAAUGGGUAACCCAGUCCCGGUCAGCUGAGCAGGUGAGACAUUCACUGGACUCUCUUGCGAAAAGUUUGUACGAGCGUAUCUUUUCUAGCAUUGUUAACCGCAUUAAUCAAACCCUGGAGAGAUCAAGCGACAAUACGUCGUUCAUUGGUGUUCUUGAUAUUGCCGGUUUUGAAAUUUUCCAAACCAAUAGUUUCGAGCAGCUUUGUAUUAACUACACCAACGAGAAGUUGCAGCAAUUCUUCAACCACCACAUGUUUGUACUCGAGCAAGAAGAAUACACCAGAGAAAACAUUGAAUGGAAGUUUAUUGAUUUCGGCCAUGACUUACAGCCCACGAUUGAUCUUAUCGAGAAAUCUAACCCAAUGGGUGUUUUUUCGUGUCUUGAUGAAGAGUGUGUUAUGCCGCGUGCCACUGACCAAUCAUUCACUGAGAAGUUGAACAACCUAUGGUCUAACAAAUCAACUAAAUUCAAGCCUACCCGUCUUAAUCAAGGAUUUUUGUUGACCCAUUAUGCCGCUGAAGUGGAAUACUCGACCGAUGGUUGGCUGGAAAAGAACAAGGAUCCCAUGAAUGAAAACGUUGUAGCCUUGCUCGUGGAAUCUUCAGAGACUUUGGUUCGCCAUUUGUUCUCUGAUGAGGCAGAGUCUAUUGGUAAAGAGGAAGUCGACCUUGGUCGCUCUCAGCACAGAAACCGAGUCAAGAAAGGUAUAUUCCGUACUGUUGCGCAACGUCACAAAGAGCAAUUAGCAUAUUUGAUGGCUCAGCUGAAUGCAACUCACCCUCAUUUCGUUCGAUGUAUUGUGCCCAAUGACCAGAAAGCACCAAAACAAUUUGAUAAUAUGCUUGUUCUCGACCAAUUAAGAUGUAAUGGUGUUCUGGAAGGUAUUCGUAUCGCGAGAACAGGAUAUCCAAAUCGGCUCUUCUUUUCCGAGUUCAGAUUGCGUUACGAAGUCUUGGUUAGUAACAUGCCAAAGGGUUACAUCGAAGGCCAGAAGGCAUCGGAAUUGAUCCUCAAAAACCUCGGUUUAGAUGAAAACCUUUAUAAAGUUGGUUUAACAAAGGUGUUCUUCAAGUCUGGAGUUCUUGCAGAACUUGAGGAGCGACGAGAAGCCAUGGUACGAGACAUUAUAACUCGAUUCCAGUCCACUGCCAGGGGUCAUCUUCAAAGAAUCAAAGUCAGAAAGCAGCUAUUUAAAUCCCAGGCAACUCAGAUUAUCAAGAAGAAUUUGCAAAUUUAUCUUCAACUCAAAGAUGAUCCUUGGUGGAAACUUUACAUCAAGACCAGGCCUAUGCUUAUGGCUUCUCGAGAUGCCGGUCAAACAAAGGCUCGAGAUGAGGCAAUCAAGAAGUUGGAGACCGCUAUGAAAUCCAUUCAAGAGGAGAAAGCUUUGCUUGAAGACAAACAUAUUGAGGCAGAGCAACAGGUUGAGAAGCUAAAUAAAGAACUCGAAGGAGUCAAAUUGCUAGUUUUGGACAAAGAUGAGAUAUUAAAACGAUCUCAAGAGCAAGAGGCAGCCCUAGAGGAGCAGCUUAACACUUCACUUGAAGAUCUUGAUAGACUGGAACUUCAGAUUGAGGAGUUACUGGAGGCCAAGAAAAAGGUUACCUCGCAGGCCGAUCUUUGGCGUAAAGAGCUUGAGAACGGAGCUGUUCUUAUUGGCAUGCUCGAGAAGGAGAAAGUUGAUCUUAAAGAAAGGAUCGCACAACUGGAGCAAGAGCUGGAGCUUAUCAAGAGCCAGCAGGUCAAAGAAAGUUCAGCUUCUGAACAGCUGUAA